AUGAAGGCGGUGUCCAAGGCUGGGCGUGCGGCCAAGCUGGUGUGUCGGGCGUGCGGAGCUACCAAGUUUGCACUGCAGGACGGCGGGUUGAUGGUGUGCUCGCGGUGCUCGACGGUGUCGAGCGACUACGUGGCGCAGGAGACCGAGAACAGCGGCGAUGUGUGGCUCGGCUCGUCGCAGCUGCGGAAGAACAUGCGAUCGCGGCUACGGGAGGAGCGGCGAAUGCUCCGGCAAAAGUCCAAGCCCGGCAAGAAGAAGCGCGGCCGUCAGAAUCUGCCGUACAUGAGCCUCGGCCAGUUUCUUGCGCUGCAGAGCAAGGCCCUCAAGGCCGUCCUCGCUGCCGCCUCGCGCAACCUCGGCCUUCCGAGCGAGUCGGUUGCCUGGUGCCGUGAGACGUACUUUGCCGUGAUCGAGGGCCAGCGGAAGCGUGGUCACCUCUUGAUCGAUAAGACGCGGUCCGCGUCGCAAGCCUCGCUCCCCUUUGCCAUCGGCGUGCUCGGCAAGGAGGUGGCUGCCAAGCUGGGCCUCCGCUGGCGCGUCCAUCGUCGGUCGCCUCUGUUCAGAAUGACAAAGGAGGACAUGGCCGCCGACUCGUUUGCCCUUGCUGACGAGCCGGUGGAGACGAUCGAUCUGGCUGUUGGCAUUCUCGAGACGCUCGGCAAUCGAAGCGGCUCGCUGGUGUACGUCCUCGUUGGCCUCGCCUUUGCUCAUGCCGGGCUUCCGGUCUCCGUGCUGGACAUUGUGCGGUGGCAAGCGCGCGGCUUACUUGGAUGGAACGAGUACGACCGCAUCGUCCGCGGCUGGGCGCAUCGCGGGCCGUUUGCCAACAUCCUGCGAUCUACCCUCAUGUUCCGCCGCUUCUACCGGGUAACGACCGAGCUUGUCUUCCGUCUCGUCCCGCGCGAUUGGCUCGACCCUCCCAGCUACCUCUACAUUGUGCGCUAUGCACGGGCGCUGGAGCUUCCGCCGGCGAUGGCACAUCUCGCUCUGCGCAUUCAUGGCCAGAUGACGCUAAUUGCCCGCCCGCAGGCCGAGUCGGUGCCCGGCACGAAUGAGGCCGUCGCGCUGGCCAUUGCCAUUGCGCUCGUUAGGCGCUACGCGUUUAGUUAUGACCAGCAGCAGCCGCACAACGCCGAGCUCACUGCCGUUCUGCAGGGCAUCUUCGAGUUUGACUUUCCAUCUUGGUUCGAGGCGCUCGCCCACAAGGAGAUGACCCGGCUGCGCCCGGACCUUGCACUCCCACGCGACGAUGAGUACACCUACGGGAUGGCUGCGGACGGAAAGCCGGUCUCGUACGAUACCGCGCUGGGGCUGGCGGUUCACGGCAUCGAGACGCUGGCUCUGCGGUGCGAGCUCCCAGAGCAGGGCUCACACAACGCAUCUCGCGGCAUCCGCACCUCGCUCGGCCUCAGCGCCGAUGUGAUGAAAGAGCUUGCGUCGGCCGAUCCGCUCGUCGGCAGCCAGCCGGCCGAGAUGGAGGCCAUGUCGUACUCGGAGACCAUGUCGGAGCUCCUUCCGAAUUUUGACGUUUCGCUCGACGAGCUGGAGCUGGAGCAGCCGCUGGGGCGCGGGGCGGGGACCUGCGAGCUCAGUGACGCGGCGUACGACCAGGCCAUCGACACUGUUCUCAGCAAUCUCAUCAAGAACGCAGCGUGGGCCGAGGCUGACGGGCAAAACGACCAGCCGCAGGAGGCGCUGUGGGUCAUGCACGCCAUCGCUGACCAUGUCGGCCUCGAGGCCGAAGCCUUUAUCAACUCGGUCGACAACUGGACCAACGCCGUUGUGUUUGGCGGCUGGGACCUGCCGGCGAUCGCCACCGGCGAAGGCAUCUUUUCCUACUGGACGAAGCGGGGCAAUGCGCCCGAGCACAUGGCCGUCACCCAUCGGCCGUGGUCGGAGGCACCGCCCGAGGUGCCGACGUAG